AUGGCUGUGGCAGAGUCUGGGGUGGCUGUGGGCCAGGCUGUGCUGUACAAGGGUCUAUUGCGUGGCGUGGUGCGGUACGUCGGCGACGACCGGCCCUUCACCGAUGCUCGCCCCGUCAUCGGGGUGGAGCUGGAGACGCCUGACGGGAAGAACAAUGGCUCGGUCGACGGCACUGUGUAUUUUGUGUGCGCUCCGGAUCAUGGCCUGUUCACAAAGCCCAAGCACCUGACCGCCAUCGAUGUGCCGCAGCAUGAGCAGGUGACCGCGCCGCCAGAGCCGGACGAUGCCUACGCUCUCGCAGUCGAUCGUGCCCUCGAGGGCUUGGACAUCGAGCGGGCGCGAGUCGUCAUCACCAAGCUCAAGGCCAAGCUGAGCAACACCAAGGCUGUGCUACACGAGUAUAAGCUGGAGGUUAAGGAGCUCAAGUCGGGUAACGAUGCCAGGGUCGAGGCGCUGGAGAACAAGCUGCGGAAGAAGGUCCAGGUCAAUCAGCUGCUCAAGUCGCGUCUUCGUGAACUGAUGUGGGAGCAAGACGCGUCGUCGUCGAGCACGCAGGCGGCCGGUCCGUCCGCAGUCGCUGCGGAGCUGGCCGCAACCCAGGAGGCGCUUGCAGCCGCCAAAGACGAGACUGAUCGCCUCCGCGAGCUCAGCGAACAGCUCGCCGCUAAGCUCGAGCGGUACCGGACCAAAAUCCGGAUGAUGAAGGACCUCAAGCUUGUCGAGAUCCGCACCGUCCUCUGUACGCAUUUUAAUCUCGAGCCGUAUAACGUCGACGACACGCCUACGCUCAUUGACCAUGUCACCGCCCUCAUCAGUGGCGCCGGAAGCGGGCCCGACGGCGAGUGUUCAAAGUGCUCCAAGCUUGCUCAGGAGCUGGCCGCCAGCCGCGAUGAGCUGGUGGCUGCCCAGGCAGCGUUUGCCAAGUUUAAGAAGCAGCGCGCCGCGGCAGAGACUGCCGUCCCAGAGGAGUUGCGUGGCGGCUCCGAAGUCGAUGGCGACGACGACUCGGUUCGACUUCUUGUCGGCGAUUUGCAGGGCCCAUCGCUGGCGGCAUCAUCGCCGUCGAUUCUUAUUCCGUCGCCGGCUCCGCCGCCGGCUCCGCCACCGCCCGGCAGUGGACCGCCACCGCCGCCGCCGCCUGGACUUACCCGUGGCAAGUCGGUACCGACGGUGGUGCCGUCAGCCAUUCGUGACUUGCCCGAAGUUCCACGCGGGCUGGAUGGCAAGCUCAUGCCGUUGGACGUCAAGGGGCUUCCCAAAAAGCGGCUUGUGCGCUCGUUCUGGAGUCAGGACGACAUUGUGGGCGAGAUGUACCAGCAUCUCAAGCUGCCCGAGAUCCACCAGCUCUUUGGCUCGCGGGUCAACUCGGGUGCGUCGACAGCGAGCUUGGACCGGCGGUCAUCGGUUAGCUCUGUUGGCUCGAGUCGGUCGAUGUCGCCUACGCCGGCUGCCCGUUCGGUCCUGUCGGCCAAGCGCCAGCGGGCUGUGUGCAUUGCGCAAAAGUUCCUCAAGCUCUCAGCGAGCCAGAUCAAGGACAUAAUUCUGAACCUCGACGAGACGCGGCUGACCGAGGACCAAACCAAGAUGCUACUCAAGCUGGUGCCGACGGCAGAGGAAGCGGCUGCGUUGGCGCGUGAGUCAGCGGUGAGCGAGAGCGGGACCAAACUCCAUGCUGCCGACGCCAUUCUCAAGGAGUUGAGCUCGCUUCCGCGGCUGAGCGACCGUAUUGACGCCUUUAUUCUGAAGCGCGAGCUGCCCGAGCAACUGGCGUCGGUUCAGGGCGAUCUGGAUGCCAUGAUCAAGGCUAUUCGCGAUGUGACCACUUCAGAUGGGCUCCGCAAGUUAAUGGCGCUUGUGUUGGCGGUCGCCAACUACAUGAAUCGUGGCUCGUUCCGCGGCAACCAGACGUCCAUCCAGCUUGACUCGCUGCUGGUGCUAGCCAGGACAAGGGCCAAGAACGCGCGAAGUGGCGAUGGCCCGGAGAACGCGCUCGACUAUGUCAUCGACGUCAUCGGCUCGUCGCCCGAUCUCGAGGUAUUGCUCGAUCUGCCGGCGGCGCUGGAGGCCGUUGACGUUGCAGCAGCCGUCUCGACCGAGCGCGUGACACUCGAGCUGGAGCAGCUGCGCCGCUCAUUUGCGGCACUGGAGGCCCAUCUGGAGCGCGGCGACAUGGGCGAGCCGUUUGAGGGCAUCAUGUUCGACUUUGUCGACGAGCACGGUGAAGCCAUUGCCAAGCUGGAGCCACUUUUGGAGAGCAUUCAGAAGGAGUUUGCCGAGCUUGCGACGUCGCUGGGCGAGGAUCCGCGAUCCGUCGCACCCGAGUCGCUUUUCGACACACUCUUCUCCUUCCUCCACCGCUUCAAGCGCGGCGUGACUACCUGGCGCGAGGCCAAAGCCAAGCACGACGCCGCCGCCGAAGCCCUCAUGUCACGCUCGAUCAGCAACUUGCGAAGGCGCCACCGCGCCGACAACGAGCGGAAGCGUUCGUACUCGCGCCACGAAGCCAUCGAGGCCAUGCUCAAAAACACGGCCGAGGAUGGCGAUGGCGACGACGAAAUCGUCGAUGCUAUUCUGGACCCGCGUACGCUGCUUGCAUCGCUCCGGACGCCGACCAAGCCGUCACGCCGAUGA